GGGCGACUCUAGUGGGAAGGCAGGACUUCCGGUAGCAGGCCAUAACUGGCUGCCGAGCCGUGAGUUUGUUCUCCUUUGCCGCAUCCCGGGAUGUCACAGCUGGGAUGCCGGGGCCGCUUGUGGCUGCAGAGCCCCGCCGGGGGACCACCCCCUAUAUUUCUGCCGUCGGGUGGCCAAGCCCUGGUCCUAGGUCGGGGACCCCUGACCCAGGUGACGGACCGGAAGUGCUCCCGAAAUCAAGUGGAGCUGAUUGCAGACCCUGAGACCCGGACAGUGGCAGUGAAACAGUUGGGCAUUAACCCAUCAACUGUUGGGAUCCAGGAGUUGAAGCCAGGGUUGUCAGCUUCUCUACGCUUGGGGGACACCCUGUAUCUAGUCAAUGGCCUACACCCCCUAACCCUGCAUUGGGAAGAAGUUAGCACAUCAGGAUCCCAGCCAGAUACUCCACCGGGCACUCCCCCUGUGGAUUCGGUGGACCUGGAGGAUGCUGAGCCUCCGGAAAAGAGGGUGCGGAAAUCAUCCCCUGGCUGGGAGAGCUUAAAGAAGUUACUGGUGUUCACAGCAUCUGGGGUAAAGCCCCGAAGCAAGGUGGCUGCCUUUGACCUAGAUGGGACUCUCAUCACCACCCGCUCUGGAAAGGUCUUCCCCACCAGCCCCAGUGACUGGAGGAUUCUGUAUCCGGAGAUUCCAAAGAAGCUCCAGGAGCUGGAUACUGAGGGUUACAAGCUGGUAAUCUUCACCAACCAAAUGGGCAUUGGGCGAGGGAAGCUGCCAGCAGAGGUGUUCAAGUCCAAGGUGGAGGCUGUAUUGGAGAAGCUGGGGGUCCCAUUUCAGGUGCUGGUGGCAACACAUGCAGGGCUAAACCGGAAGCCAGUGAGUGGCAUGUGGGACCAUCUGCAGGAGCAGGCCAACGAGGGCAUGCCCAUUUCCAUCAGUGACAGCAUCUUCGUGGGAGAUGCAGCAGGGCGCCCGGCCAACUGGGCCCCAGGGAGAAAGAAGAAAGACUUCUCUUGCGCAGACCGCCUGUUCGCCCUCAACAUCGGCCUGCGCUUUGCCACUCCAGAGGAGUUCUUCCUUAAGUGGACAGCAGCUGGAUUUGAGCUUCCAGCUUUUGACCCGAGGACAGUCUCCAGCGCCGGGCCCCUCUACAUCCCAGAGUCCAGCAUCCUCCUCAGCCCCAACCCAGAGGUGGUGGUCACAGUAGGAUUCCCUGGGGCUGGCAAGUCCACCUUCGUCCAGGAACACCUGUUGCCGGCUGGAUACGUCCACAUAAACAGGGACACGCUGGGGUCAUGGCAGCGUUGUGUGAGCUCAUGCCAGGCAGCACUGAGGCAGGGGAAGCAAGUUGUGAUUGACAACACCAAUCCAGAUGUCCCAAGUAGGGCCAGGUACAUCCAGUGUGCCAGAGAUGCAGGUGUGCCCUGUCGCUGCUUCAACUUCUGUGCUACGCUGGAGCAGGCUCGCCACAACAACAGGGUGAGCCACACCUCCAAGGCUCUGCCUCUCUUUAAGUCCAUGCCCCCUGACCUCUGUGCCUCUCUUUCUGCAGUUCCGCGAGAUGACCGACCCCUCGCAUGCACCGGUGUCAGACAUGGUCAUGUUCAGUUACAGGUUCAGGGGCCUGGGGGACUGAAGGGUACAGGAGGUGAUGGGGUACAGAGCCUCCCCCCCCCCCACCUAACACCCCUAUCCCACAGGAAGCAGUUUGAGCCACCCACACUGGCCGAGGGCUUCCUGGAGAUCCUUCAGAUCCCAUUCCGACUACGGACACAUGUGAACCCAGCGCUGCAGCGGCUGUACCACCAAUUCUUGGAGGGCUGAGCCCACAAUAAACAAUGUUGCUACUCUG